CGCGCCUCCUGCAGCUGCUCGGGCGGGCGGGCCCCUGAGCGGAGCCGGAGCCGGAGCCGCGGCCGCCGGGGGGCCCUCCCUCGGUCCGUCCGAUCGCCCGUCGGUCCCGCCUUGGGUCCGUCCCCCUCCGGUCCCGGCAGCCCCAGCCUCCGAGACUCGGACCCCGGCCAUGUACGCCUUUGUGCGCUUCCUGGAGGACAACGUGUGCUACGCGCUGCCCGUGUCCUGCGUGCGCGACUUCAGCCCCCGCUCGCGCCUCGACUUUGACAACCAGAAGGUGUACGCGGUCUACCGGAGCCCCGAGCCCCCAGAGGCGGCGGCGCCCCCCGCGCCCGCGCCCGCCGGGGCCUCCUGGGGCGCGCUGCUACCGCACAAGGCCCAGAUCCUGGCGCUGGCAGAGGACAAAACCGACCUCGAGAACAGUGUCAUGCAGAAGAAGAUCAAGAUCCCCAAGCUUUCCCUCCAUCACAUAGAAGAUGAGGAGGAGGUCCGGGACUACGGCGAGGAUGACGGGGACUUCAGACACACUGGCUUGUUGAGGCGGGCUGCGGGGGCCGCCCCUGACCUGUUCCCUCUGUGUCCGCAGAGACAGGAGGGCCGGAGGCCCAGCGAGCCGGGCGCCCACAAGAGCAUCGAGGCCGUGGUGGCGCGCCUGGAGAAGCAGAACGGGCUGAGCCUGGGGGGCGGCGCCAGCCCCGAGCUCUUCGCGGACGCCCCCAAGGGCAUGGACGGGCUGGACGAGGCGGUGGUGCCGCGGGCCCUGUACGAGGAGCUCCUGCGCAGCUACCAGCAGCAGCAGGAGGAGAUGCGGCACCUGCAGCAGGAGCUGGAGCGCACGCGGAGGCAGCUGGUGCAGCAGGCCAAGAAGCUCAAGGAGUGCGGGACGCUGGUGUCCGAGAUGAAGGAGCUCCGCGACCUGAACCGCCGCCUGCAGGACGUGCUGCUGCUGCGGCUGGGCAGUGGUCCUGCCAUUGAGCUGGAAAAAGUAAAGUCAGAGUCCCUUGAACCCGAGCCGGAAUUCCAGAAGACUUUCAGUGAGGAGGCAAAUACGUCGUCCUAUUAUCCUGCUCCCGCUCCCGUAAUGGACAAGUAUAUUCUAGAGAAUGGCAAGGUCCACCUCGGCAGUGGGAUCUGGGUCGAUGAGGAAAGAUGGCACCAGCUGCAGGUCACCCAAGGAGACUCCAAAUACACCAAGAACCUGGCCGUCAUGAUAUGGGGCACGGACGUGCUGAAGAACCGCAGCGUCACCGGGGUGGCCACCAAGAAGAAGAAGGACGCCAUCCCCAAGCCGCCCCUCUCCCCUCACAAACUCAGCAUCGUCAGAGAGUGUCUCUACGACCGGAUAGCACAAGAGACCGUGGACGAGGCCGAGAUCGCACAGAGACUGUCCAAGGUCAACAAGUACAUCUGCGAGAAGAUCAUGGACAUCAACAAGUCUUGUAAGAACGAGGAGCGCCGGGAGGCCAAGUACAACCUGCAGUGAAGCGGGGUUUCCCCCGCGCCGGCCGCUCCUUGUGCCGCCUGCCUCGGGCCGCGCUGGGGGGCGGGGCGGGCCAGGGCAGCCUGCGGAGGGGGGCUCGAGCCCACGGGCGCCCCCUCCCGGCGGCCCGCCCAAGAUUCAUUCGGAUAUUGGCCACGCGGGUCUCGGAGGCCGAAGAUGUGGGUUCAGAACCCAGUGCCCGCCCUGAGGAGACCCAGGACCUCGGCCGGUCACUUCGGCUCUCCGGGCCUCAGUUUCCCCAUCUGUCAAAUGGGGAUAAUAAUCCUUGCACUACCUACCUCACAGGGCUGUUGUGAGGAAAGCGCUUGAGAGACUUGGAAGCGCUCUAGAAAUGGGAGCUCUUGUUACCGGCCGCGGCGGAGCCGGGAGCCUGAGGGGGGAGGGCUGGGAGGUGUCAAGUGCUUGCCCGGGCUUGGAGCUGAGCCGCUCGCUCCUCCCGGGAUUUGUUUCUAACUCUGUUCGUAUGUUUUGUUGUACAAUAAAGCCUCUUGAUUUCUUUGAA